CGAGGUUGGUGCUGUGGUGGCAUGUUGGGCCAGGUCUGGGGUUUGUUUUCUCUUGAGUUUUGUUUUUGACUUCUUCUUCUGGUCGUUCCUCGCAAAUCCUGCUAGGGAUAAUUCAAGUCCAAAUCUGAUCCCGCCUCACUGUCAACAACGAAACCUGUCUCCACUAAAGCGAAACGGCGCCCCAUUAAACGUGCGUUGCCGUGCGGUGCGGCGCAAUCAGAAUACCACCUUGAUUUUCCCCUGGCAAUUUUUACAUUUUCCAUAAAGCGCCCUUCCAACGCCGCGCCGGCACUUGGCUCCUCCCUGCCGAAUCUUGUCACCGCGGCUCCAAAAACACCACCGACCACCCAUCACCGACGCCUGCCUAGCCUAGGUAGCCCAUAGUCUCCUGGCCGGCCUCGAGUCCUCCUGCGUCGCCUGCGCGUUUCCUCUCCUUUCUUCCCUCUCACUAUUGCAGCCCCUGAACGGCAGGAUCCGUCACAAGGCCGACACCAUGGCGUGGUCUAAGGCAACGCGUAUCAGCAUAAUGCUGGCCAUCGACCUGGCAUUCUUCUUCCUCGAGCUCGGCACCGGCAUCUACGUCGGGUCGCUGGCCCUGAUGGCCGAUGCCUUCCACAUGCUCAACGACGUGAUCUCGCUUAUCAUAGGCCUCUGGGCCGUGAGGGUCUCGCAGAACAAGUCCACUGACAAGUUCUCGUACGGCUGGCUGCGCGCCGAGAUCCUGGGCGCCUUCUUCAACGCCGUCUUCCUGAUAGCCCUCUGCGUCUCCAUCGUUCUCGAAGCCCUGACCCGCUUUCUCGACCCUCCCGAGAUCCAGAACCCGUUCCUCAUCCUGGUUGUCGGCUCCCUGGGUCUCACGUCCAACCUCGUCGGGUUCUUUGUCCUCGGAGGCCACAGCCACGGACACGGCGGCGACCACGAUCACGGCCACGGCCAUGACCACGGCCAUUCCCACGCCGACGAAGCGCACUCGCACUCGCACGGCCACGACGCCACCCGAGACGCCGAGGAGGGGCGCCACAUCAGCUUCAGUAACGGCGAUUCGCGAGAGAGGUGCGGCGGCGGGGCUUCUGCGCUGUCAAAGAACGCGCACAGGCGUCGCGGCAGCAGCAUCCGCCAUAACCGCUUCACUAGCAUUGACGACCUCUCGAUCCACCCCGCCAGCUUCCGCCAGGAGAUCAUUGCCGCAAGCCGUCCGCAGAACCAUUCUGAUGAGGAGUCGCCCAGCGACCGAAGCCGCGAGCCCAGCCCAAGCCGUGAUGACGAUCGCAUCCCUACCGAGACGACGCCCCUUAUCGUGCCUGGAACUUCGGCAACCGCGCCCGUCAGAAUAGGCCAUAAGGAUGACGCUGACAGCCACGCUCCGACUCGCCGCCCUCGUCGGGACUCGUGCGACCACGCUGGCCACAACCACAACAAGCCCAUCCAGUCGCGAGGCGGCCACAGCCACGGCCACGACCACGGAGAUAUGGGCAUGAACGGCAUGAUUCUACACGUCAUCGGCGAUGCCCUCGGCAACGUCGGCGUUAUCGUCACCGCUCUCAUCAUCUGGAAGACUUCGUGGGAGUACCGCUUCUACGCAGACCCCGCCGUCUCCCUCUUCAUCACGCUCAUCAUCCUGCGGUCCUGCAUCCCGCUCACGCUCGCCACUGCCAAGAUCCUCCUGCAGGCCACGCCCGACCACCUCAGCAUCCCCGACAUCAAGGCCGACAUCCAGGACCUGCCGGGCGUCGUCAGCUGCCACCAUGUCCACAUCUGGCAGCUCUCCGACACCAAGCUGGUCGCUUCCAUGCACAUCCAGGUCGCCUUCCCUAUCUCGGAAGAGAACGGCGAAAAGUACAUGAAGCUGGCCAUGCGCGCCCGCAGCUGCCUGCACGCCUACGGCAUCCACAGCGCCACCAUCCAGCCCGAGUUCUGCCUCGACCGCGACCACGCCCACCUCGACGACCGCCAGCAGCAGCCCGACGGUGUAUCCGAGGCCGCCACCGCCUGCGGCACUGGCGGGCCCGGCUCCGUGUGCCUCCUCGAGUGCGUCGACGACUGCGUCGGCCAGGGCUGCUGCGCCGACUCGGCAAAGUCCCCGCCCGGCAGCAGCCACUCGCACAGCCCGCAGGCCGGCGGCGGCCACGACCAUGGCGGACACGCCCACUAGAUUGUUAUAGACUGUCCCACAUUGCUCGAGUAUUGUACAUUAAAGGAUAGAUGGAAUGUAGACGUGUAUCGCGGCCGGACAUGUAAAACGGUCGAGCGCCGUGAUGGCCGGGGGAACAAAGCGUUGCAUCUUCAAGGUGUUGGGCGGUUCGGGUUGUUGGCUUUGCAUUUGUUUACGGCGAUACUUUCAACACCAUCAAUAUCAGCUUUUCUUUUGUGACUUUCAAGCGGAAUUGCUUGUGCUUAUUGCCUACCUAGAGUACCUAGACAAAACAGACCUGGUACUUGACUUGCUGCACGAACAGUCCUCGCCGUCACCGAUCUAGGACGCGGUGAGGGAUAUCAAAAUCUACAGGCAUCAACACGUGGAAGUGAUAUUGUAGAAGCGAAAUAGGAGCUUACUUGAGCAAGUUUGCAG